AUGCGUCUGCCCUACGCCCCUUCCACCCCGCCUGCCGACGCAGCCCCGGACACCGCCGACAUUUAUGCCCGCAUCGCGGAACGCAGAAACCCCCGUCCUUUGAUUCCUCUUGACCUAUCCCUUCUUCACAGUCCACCUGUGGCCGAUGGUUGGAACAGCUUCAUCGGAGCUAUUAGGUCGCGCACUUUAAUCGACUCUGGUAUCAUGGAAUUGGCAGUCUGCCGUGUCGCUGUACUUAAUAACGCUAUUUACGAAUGGAAUGCUCACGCUCCGCUGGCUCUGAAAGGCGGCAUUAAGCCGGAUCAAUUGCAGGCUGUUCUUACACUUCCCUGCACCGCCGAGGGAGACAUUGUUGAGCUUGAGAAUAGCGUACUCACCGCGCAGCAGCGCGCUGUUCUACGCUAUACCGAUCAGAUGACUCGCACCAUCAGGGUUCAAGAUGCUGUUUUUGCUGAAUUGAAGACGGUCGGGUACGGUGACCGCGAAAUCGUGGAGCUGACCACCGGAAUUGCCGGUUAUAACUGUGUGAGUCGGUUCUUGGUUGCGUUGGACGUCGGCGAGAAUAAUGCUGGCGAGAUGAAGAGUGCGGAUGAGUUGGUCGCUACUCUUCAAUAG